ACGCUGCAGAGGGUUUUGCAGGCGGUUUCCCCUUAGGAAGGGCCGUCCUCCGAGCAGUGCGGGGGGAAGAAGGGGGUGUCCCCCGCACCCCCCGGCCAUCCCCUUCUUUCAGUUUCCAAGCGCAGGCCGCCGCGGGGCGGGCACGGCCGCCGCUGCGCGCCCGCGCAGGCCUCCUGCCCCGCCCGGCGCGGCGCAGCGCAGCAGCCGCCGGGCAUGGCGCCGCUGGUGCUGUACCACUGGACGCAGUCCUUCUCCUCGCAGAAGGUGCGCUUGGCAAUAGCCGAAAAAGCCCUGAAGUGCGAAGAGCACGAUGUAAACCUGCCGCUGAGCGAGCACAACGAACCCUGGUUCAUGCGCUUAAAUUCCUCAGGAGAAGUACCCGUCCUGAUCCAUGGGGAAAACAUCAUCUGCGAGGCAACGCAGAUUAUCGAUUACCUCGAAGCAACGUUUGUAGAUGAGGAAGUACCAAGAUUAAUGCCGGAAGAAGGGAGCAUGUAUUAUCCAAGGGUGCAACACUAUAGAGAGCUUUUAGACUCCUUGCCUAUGGAUGCUUACACACAUGGCUGCAUCCUGCAUCCCGAGUUAACAGUGGACUCCAUGAUUCCAGCCUAUGCUACCAGCAGAAUUCGUAGCCAAAUAAGUAACACAGAAUCAGAGUUGAAGAAACUUGCAGAAGAAAAUCCAGACCUUCAAGAUGCCUAUAUAGCAAAACAGAAGCGCCUUAAAUCUAAACUGCUGGAUCAUGAUAAUAUAAAAUACCUAAAGAAAAUACUGGAUGAACUGGAAAAAGUUUUGGAUCAGGUCGAGACUGAAUUGCAGCGGCGAAAUGAGGAAACACCAGAAGAUGAAAAUCCGCCUUGGCUCUGUGGUGAUUUCUUCAGUCUGGCAGAUGUAUCACUUGCUGUCACAUUACAUCGUCUGAAGUUUCUGGGAUUAGCAAGAAGAAACUGGGGAAACGGAAAGCGGCCCAACUUGGAGGCCUAUUAUGAGCGUGUCCUGAAGAGAAAAGCAUUUUACAAAGUUUUAGGACACGUCAACAAUAUAUUAAUCUCGGCUGUUCUGCCAACAGCGUUCCGUGUUGCCAAGAAAAGGGCUCCCAGGGUUCUUGGCACCACCCUGCUGGUCAGCAUGCUGGCAGGAAUGGGUUAUCUUGCUUUCAUGUGUCUUCGGAAGAGGUUUGCCAACAUGAUGUUGUCGAUUAGAACCAGGCAAAAUUAUUUUUAGACCUGUCUGUCCCUGGUGGUGAGUGGAGGGCAUCUCUACCCUCCAGGAAAAUAUCCCCAAUAAAAUAUAAACGUAAAAUAAAGGUUAUGUCUGUGAAUUAGAACAUUGUCACACAGUAAUCGUCUCCUGCUGUUGUAUAAUUGGAUUGGCAAUGCCGAGAUAUUUGUGGAAAGUAUAUGUUGGGGGGACAGCAAAGGAAAGAAGAGACUUGCUUUUCAGACAAGGACCUGUAAGGGCUGUGACAGUGCUUUGUUAAAGUGGUUAUUGUCUCCUUUACCCAGUAGCUGACCUAAUUAUAAUGCUUUUAUUUAAUAGAUAUGCAGCAAUGUGACAGCUUUUCACUGUGGGUGAAAUACAUUACUGUGCAGAAACCAGCAUUGUUGAAAUACUGAAAAUAGCACUUACUUUAAGUGCUCGGAGUAGGAUUUAAGUGGAACAUAGGCUCUGCGCCUGUUGUGUAUGGGAGUGAGUGUCUCUACUGAUUAAUGUCUAUCGAUUUGCAGUUGGACCUACAGGAACGUGUUAAAAAGUAGUCUUGUGGAGCCACUUUAGUCACUGUAUGUUCAUGCAGCAGUACAGGAAGGGACCUGAAGCACAUAUGAACAUCAAUGGCUUGUGGGCCCCAUGAGUGAAAUUCUCCAUAGGCAUCAGCGGUCAACAGAUGCUAGACUUCUGCUGAAAUACAAAUGGGAGUGAAAAACCUGACAUUUUUGUUAUGAAAGCCUUUUGGGUAGCCUUUGGCCCAGCCAGGUACCCAGCUCAGCCGCAAGCCCUGGCUGAGUCAAACCGAACUAUCUCAGUGCAAAUUUCCUGCUUUCAUUGGGGUGGCUUGAUACAGUUGUCUCCAUAUUAGUGUCCCAUGUACCCUUUCUUGUUUCCACUCUGAGCACUGGCUAUUUUUUGCGCACUACUUGGCUAUGUUAGCAAUUGCAUGUGCCUCUAUGUUUGCCCACAACGUGCCAUAGCCACUAGAAAAAGUAUGCACAAUAAUGCAUUUUGUAAAAAUAAUUUAAAAUAGUUCACUCUCAGUCUGGUCAGGUAGCCUAGAUUGAAAGUGAAACUGUAAUUUAGCAAUCUGUUUACUUAUGGAGAGGUGUCAUAUUGGUGGUAAGUGAAAAAUGUAGGUCAGUUUGGAGACAGAUGAUUUGUACUGCAGAUUUUUUGCAAAGCUGCACUCUUGUAGCAUGUAGGAAAGGUGUAGAAAAACACUUUGAUUACUUUCCACUACUCAGCAGAUGCUGAGAGUUUUGUUAGGUUUGAACUGAGCUUCUGUUUCAAUGAGAAAUGCACACUUACCUGAAAGUAGACUUUGAAUCAUUUUGCAGCAAGAAAGCAAUUGGGAAGGGCUGAAAAUUCUCAUGACAGUUCAGUAAGAUUUUUGUAUUCUUGAUGAAUGUCUGAAAGCCUCAGAGUUUUGUUUAUAAGUUGUAGAUAACCGCAACAAGCAAAACAUAGCUUUAAAUGUUUGUCUAUCAACAACCAGUGCUAACAAGCCGAAGUACAUUUUAGAUUCAGUGCUGGUGGCUGUGGUCUCUCUGCACAAUUGCUUUUGAGCAUCAAGAAGAUCCUCUCUCAAGUUUGCUGGAGAGAACUAAGGCAGUUUCUGUCUGGGCAGUCUCACCAUCUAGCAGAUACCAAAAUGGAUAAAAUUGUUGAAUACUCCUGCUUAUAAUUUAAUAUUGUGCUAGUUGUCUAGCAAAAGAAGACCGAAAUCUCAGUGCUCCUUUUCAGUAAUAAGAAACAUCUUACCUAGGAAACUGCUUUUUUUUUUACAUUUGUCAAAAAGACAGUUUUAUAUAAUUCUAUUUUAUGAUCCAGUUGUUCUCAAGAACUUGUUGAUUUAAAUGUGCUCUAUUUAGAAAAGCUUUAUUAUCUCUAGAGUACGUUUAAGCCAACAAUACUAUUAAUGUGCUGGCAGCUUUAACUGAGUUUGUUGUUUGUAUAUUGCAGUUGAUCUGGAUUUACUUGUAACCAACAAAUUCCACUAAGUUAACAAACACAGAGUAAGGCCUGUAACUUAAUGCUUCCCUGGCAUGUAUUUCUGUCAGGCCAUCUGUAAAAUAUAAUCUGAUCAAGUCAGGGUAAAAUUCAGUAGAUAUGACUUAGCUUUCUGUAGAAUUAAUUUACAUUUUACUUUUUCCUUCCUCUUUUUUUUUUUUUAAUGUGUUAGUCCUGGAGAAGAACACUUGCAUUUCCAGAGGUGUGCCAGUUUAGUUCACACCGGCAACAGUGUACAGGUUAAUAACUGACGAAGCAGUUUUCCUUCCCCCCAAACCUCAGUGAUCUCUGCGCUUCAGCUAGCGCUCCUUGCCUGCCUGGAGCUGCAGGUACUGUUGGGAAGGACUGCAGUGACCACCAGAUGUCAGUGGUCCUCCAGGGCUACACUUGGGCAUGCCUCUGAGACGUGCAGGAAAACAGUAGUGUUCACAAACAAAAUGUUUGUGAUCUCAGCAUAAGAUGGAUGCGACCAUCCUCAUCAGACUAGCAGUCUCUCAAGAGCUCUUGAAACGACUGCUUUGGUCUAUUACAGGUUGGUUCUCUGAUACCUAUCAUGUGCUUGUGUGUAGUUUCUACACUGGAUAAAUAAGAGGGCAAAGUUGAAAUACUAUUUGACAUUAAAAUGAAUGUUACUGAACAGCAGUUAAACUUGUCAUCUGCAGGAAUGAACGUGGAUGAAACUUUUAUUGUGGAAAAGUUUGGAUCCCUGGUUUAAUUUGCGUCUUAGUUCAACUUCAAUAGCCUACUUAUUUUCACUGCCCUGAAGUACUCUGUGCAACAUUGAUUUCUGUACAGGUGGCAGCAAAAGGCUUAUCCAUGAUUAAAUUCCUCAAAAUAGGAUAAGAUUUAGAAGCACAUAUGUUGUAUUUGGCUCUUUGUGCAGGAUAGCUUUUGCGUGGUGCUUGUAAAGUUUCUUUUCAGCCUGGCUUAUUUUCUUUGCCCUGGUAGCUCUGUAUACUAUUUCAAUUGGAUACACAAGCAAUCUUCUGGUUUUCAUUUACAAUUUGCUCUCAUAUCAUGCAUCAGAUAUAUGUCAUAUCUUUCUAUGUGGGACCUGCACAAUAAACAUCGAUUCUAAGACCA